CGUUAAAAUCUAAAGAAGAAGAAGAAGAAGGGUUAAGCUAGAAAACUGCUGCAUUGUCCCAUUCCUGCUAAUAUUUCAGCAACCAUGUCUUCAGCUCAGCAUCUCAGAGAGUUUAUCAGAGAGAGACUAACUGCUGCUGCCCAAGAAAUCUUCACCGAGGUUGAAAAAACCAUCAUUUGCUACGAGGAAGAGCUCGAUGCUCAGCGCAGGAUGAUGGGGAUCAACUGGAAACCAGAAAUUAAGCUACACAGAGUCGGUUCGGAGCUGCAGAGACAAAGUUCUGACCUCCAACAGCCAAGUGUCUCCAAUGAGGAGGAAGCUUCUCCCAUCCAACAAGUCUGUAGCCUGGCAAGUAGGUCCAGUCAGGACCAGAAAGAAGAAGAACAUCAGUGGACUGAAGAGGUACAGAUGGAACCAGAAACAAAAUUGAUUAAAGAAGAAGAGGAGGAACCAGAACCUGCACUGCUCAAACAUGAGCAAAUAGAAUAUCCACUAACAAAUGUAAAAAAAGAGGAACUAGAUUCUUCAGUGUUUCAACAUGAACAGGAGCCACCAGAACAUUUACUAACUGGACAGGACCAGAAGAACCUCAGCAGCAAUCAGGAGGGAGAGCAGCUUGUCCAGAAGCAGUUUGCUGCUUUGAUUGAGACUUCUACUCUUCAGGAAGAUGAUAUGAAUGAAGACGAGACAAAAACAGAGCAGUUUUCCCUUCAUAUCUCUCCAGUGGUUGAGAGCAAAGAUCAGGAAGGAAGCAGCUCCUCUGAGUCAGAGAGUCAGUCUGAUACCAGUACAAAGAAAAGAUCUUUCAAAUGUGACAUUUGUGGGAGAUGUUACACACGACAGUGGUACUUGAAAAACCAUUACAAAACCCACACUGGUGAGAGACUUUUUUCAUGUGAAACAUGCGGAAAAAGUUUCUCACAACUUAGUAAUUUAAAAGUCCACAAUAAAAUUCAUACAGGUGAGAGACCUUUUUCAUGCGAAUCAUGCAGAAAAACUUUCAAACGAAUUGGUGAUUUGAGAGUCCACAAGAGAAUUCAUACAGGUGAGAGGCCUUUUUCAUGCAAAUCAUGCGGAAAGUGUUUUUCUCAAAUUGGUCAUUUAAUUGCCCACAAGAAAACUCAUGCAGGUGAGAAGCCUUUUUCAUGCGAAUUUUGCAGAAAACGCUUCUCACAAAAUGGUAGUUUAAAUGACCACAAGAACAUUCAUACAGGUGAGAGACCUUUUUCAUCAUGACAAUCCCGUGGAAAAAGCUUCUCUCAAAGGAAUAAUUUGAGGAUUCAAAUGAAAACUCUUACAGGUCAAAGGCCGUUUUGAAGCCAAACUUGUGGAAAAGUUUUCUCAGAAAUUGAUCAUUUAGAUAAACUCAGGAGAACCCACAUGGGUCAGAUGUGGUUUUCCACAUGAAAUAUGGGGUGAAAAAUGUCUUUCAUUAUGGUAAACUGAAUUUCCACAUGAAACAAAUAUAUAACAAGUACAUAAGAAUGGUGGAGCUGGAAUUGCCUAGUCCAGAACUCUCCAACCCAGUUGCUCAACAUUAAAUGUCCUGCAGGUUUUAGAUUCAUCCCUGUUCCUAGGGGCGCUGCCAGACUUCUGGGCCCUAUGUCAAAAAAUAAAAAAUGUUUAUACUGCGCAGUUGUUGUCACAAUACUUACUGCUAGUGUGGAGCGAGAAAAAUUAACAAAGUCCAAACCUUGUUAAAGAGAAAGAACAAAACACAGCUUUAUUUUACAUCUGCACAGAUGGAGAACUCCGAAGAGAUCUAACUAGACAAAGGAAUCACCUCUCUAUAUAAACUGUAUACUGUCCUUCUCCCACAGACAGAGUAUCAUCAACAAAACUCAUACAGGUGAGAGGCCUUUUUCAUGUGAAUUUUUAACCAAGGAGCUAAUCAGAUUAAUACACACGCAGAGAAAAAUGCAACUUUCAGUUAAAAAUGGGUUUCAGACAGAAUAUUCUGUGCCUAAUAAUAAUCUCUCCGCCGUCGGUCUGGUCUUGUCCCUCCGCAAGGUAUGACAACUAUUUACUUAUCGCCUGUUGCUAAGCUUCUGACACACUGAGGCAAACUGUGAAGGCUAAAAAGAGAAACAAUGACUCUGUAAGACUGAGUGAGACAUAAUAAACUGAUUAAACAUUGUAAGAUUAAUAUUAAA